CCAUGGUAUAUUAAGGAGAAAAAUGCCACAAAAUAGCAUAGUUCCACACAAAUAAUGUUAAAGAAAACAUGCAUGUAUGCAGAGAUAAUAUUCUUUUUGCUUUAUGUAUCUUCUAUAAUGUUAACAUUUUUGUUAUGAGGCAGGCAUCAUGUUAAGUGAAAAAAGGAAAAACAGCCUAGGUCUUGAGGAUUAAAAAGGACUGAAGGAGAACAAAAGGGAGUAGAGUACAGCAGGCCUGUUUCCCUUUUAGGUCCCCUCCCCCAACGCAGAGGGACUUCCCGCCAAAGCUCUUCCGGUUUUCAGUCUGGUCCGCAGAGGUUACCCAUAAAAGAAAGCUGCCAUCACAGGCAGCAGAUCUUUGUUCUCUGACCACUUGAUAAUGUCAGGACGCGGCAAAGGAGGUAAGGGCCUGGGGAAAGGGGGUGCCAAGCGCCACCGCAAGGUGCUGCGCGACAACAUCCAGGGCAUCACCAAGCCAGCCAUUCGGCGCCUUGCUCGCCGCGGCGGCGUGAAGCGCAUCUCUGGCCUCAUCUAUGAGGAGACCCGCGGGGUGCUGAAGGUGUUCUUGGAGAACGUGAUCCGGGACGCCGUGACCUACACGGAGCACGCCAAGCGCAAGACGGUCACCGCCAUGGACGUGGUCUACGCACUCAAACGUCAGGGCCGCACCCUCUAUGGCUUCGGCGGCUAAAUGGCAUUUUAAAGCCCAGUCAUUCUCUAAAAAGGCCCUUUUUAGGGCCCCUAAGCUUUCAACAAAAGAGUUGAAAUGACUGCAAACUGAGUCUCUUAACAGGGCCUUUGUCAGUGAGUUCUGCCAUCCUGUUUUACAAGAUUAACUCGGGAUGCCGAAAAUGGGCUGAUGACUACAGGUGGCCCUGGGCGAGAUUUUCCAAGGCCAGAAGAGCCUCUGCUGGCCAGUAACUUCUGGCGGCUGCCUGUAAAUUGCCUGCAGCCGGUUUACCGCUUGGAUUAGUUUAGAAAGCCAAGGGGUCUGGGGUCUAAAUAGGGGCGGGCUAGACAAUUAAAUUCCCUCUGGACCUUCAAAUACGUCUCGGGAGAGAUGAGUUUAAUGGGCUCCAUUGCCUUUUAAAUACUGGAAUAUGUCAAGUAUACAAAAUGCGCUGGUGACCACACCACUUAUUCAAGUGCAGCUAAAAUCCUUCCUCAUGUCCCUUUCUCAGUAACACAGCCCUCCCUUUUUUCUAUCUAGAAUUAACUAAUAUUCUAAGAUAAACUGAUAUUCUGAAUUUGGUGUUUACUGUUCCCACGCAUUUUAUUUUUAACUUCAGAUGCACAUACCCCUAAUCUAUUUUAAUCGUCUUCAUGAAUUUUUACAUUUGCUCUUGAAAUAUAUCCAUGUUGAAAUGUGCAGUUCUAGGUUAUUUUUACCAUUAAUCUAGUUUUCCAAUGUGUCAGUAAAUACUUUAUUCAUUUCUCUGUUAAUUUUUUUUUUCCUCAUUACAAAACAGCACUGUAUACAGCUGUGCGUUUUCUGGUUACAUGGAAGUGGAAUUAUUUGGUAAAAGUAUGUGCAUAUUCAACAUGAAUAAAAAUGAACAAUUUGCUUUCCAGGGUAGUAUUUUAAAUUUACACUCCCAUAUUCCACCAGCACUGCUUGAGAGUUAUUGCUUAUCAGCAUUUCCUAAUGUCACAUCGGAGUUUUUUUAAUGAGAUUUUUGGCUAUUUGGAGAUUUUCCCACUUUUCUGGGAAUGGUCUAUUCAGAUUCUCUACAGUUUUUAUUUUAUGAGUUUUGAUUUGUAAAUAUUCUUUAUAUAUUUGAGUUUUAACUUUCUGUCAGUAUGACAAAUAUAUUCUGUCACCUUGUGGGUUUUUAACUGUUCGUGAUAUCUUUGGACGUGCAAAAUUUUAAUAAUGUUGGAUUUAUAUUUUUUUAUAGUUUUUGAAUGCUGCCUUUUCAUAAAGGAGUUAUCUGACUUCCACUUUCCCCAGGAGCUGCAGGCAUCGAUCUGGAAAAAAAUUUAGGCUGCUUAUCUCCUGAUUUGGCUUGAAUUGGAUAGUAGGACUUUUCUGAAAUCGCUGUAAGAGUAGCAUUAAGAGCGAGCUAAGGGAAGACCUGAUAAAAGAUUGAUCUUACUCUCUAAAUAAGCAAUGAUUAACAAUACCUAAAAUUUUUACAAAAAGGACAAAAGAAAGGGUGAAAGAGGAAAUUAAUGCCUAAGAUACACUGAAAGUUUGUUGAAAAUUGUGUUAAGUGCUUUACAUGGAUUAUCUCAUAUCUCAUAUUCUUGUGAGAUAGAUUUUAUUACUCUUAUUUUAAAAUGGCAAAAGAGGCCAAAUCAAAUAACCAAUUCACAAAUGUUAGAUUUUAUGACCCAAACUUGUUUUUCUUUAAUUUUUAUUAUUCCAGGAGCAUAGAUUCAAAUUGCCCCGAACAUACACUCACUCAAACCUGUAAUAUUCUUAAUCACACUCUCUUAGUAGAUAGAGAAGCCAUCACAGAGAGUAGUAGUGGUGCUAGUCCUAUAAUGGAGAAUUUGGGGAAAUGUGUCAGGACAGGUACAAAACCUGCCUGUCACUUAUCCCAAUUGGAAUGAAUUAUUUUCAUGUGUCAGUUUGUGGGCCUACCUAAGAAAGUCAUUUUUGUGUCUAUAUAGUUAUGUUAUUGUUAAAUCUGCAGCAACGUAACAUGUCCUUCCCUGUCAUUUUUCAUGUUCCAAGCCCAAUGGAUUAAACACUCCCUUAGGAAAAACUGUAGUAGGUGGUGAUGCCAGAAGGAAUUGUAAUCCUUUGCAUAGUGCCCUAGGGGGUUUUAGGUCAAGUUCUGCUCAUUGAGUGUCUUACGGUAUAGCACUAGCCAUGCAUGGAGUUUGAGCGCUUACAAUGUGGCAUGUGACUGAGGGAAUAAGUGUUUAAUUAUAUUUUAAUUAGUUUACAUUUAAAAACUGGUGCUGGAUUCAAUUAGAUAACAUUCAGGUAUACUUGGAACACCUUAGGGACAUGAAUCAGAAUCUUCUUAUUCUAAUUACAGAUCAAGAAUUCCCCAUGAAAAUUUAUUUUGAUGUACUGUAAAAGUGUAAAAUACACACCAGAUUUUGAAGAUUUGAAAUGAAAAAAAGAAUGCAAGAUAUUUAAUACAUUCUGUAUUGACUAUAUGCUGAAACUGUAUUUUUGAUAUAUUCUGUCACAUAGGAUACACUAUUAAAAUUAAUUUUUUUAACUUUUUUUUUUUUUGGAGACGAAGCCUCGCUCUCCUCCCCCAGGCUGGAGUGCAA